ACCUAUACACACACAGUCUCUCUUGCACUCACACACCUAAAGAGAAAGAGAAGGGGACAAAAGGGUUCAGCUUUUAGACGCCCAAAGUGAGAUCUUUUAAACACCCACCGCAUCAACAUAGGAGGAAAAGAAAAGAGAAGAAAAGAAACUAUUCAUGGGUUUCCCAUAUUUCUGAUCUUAUAUCUCUCUUCUUCUUCUCCGGCUGAAAUUCACAGUUGCCGCUUACAACGACGUCGUGUUAGGUCGGUGAAGAAAAACACAGAGAUGUUGGAUUAUGAAUGGGGCAAUCCUUCGACAAUAAUGCUCACCGGAAACGAAGAAGAUGCAGCUGUAGCGGCGGCGGCCGACUCCGAACAAACGCGACGGCAAAUCUUCGACCACUAUAAUUCUCACCCUUUCUUGCCAGACCACCUUAUUUCUCAUUCUCCACCGGGACCCACACCGACCACCACCUCGGAUUUCUCUCUUGUACAACACCAACAACAAUUUCACGCGCAAUCUCAUCACCACAUCAUCCACCACCACCACCACCCACAUUCUCUCUUUGACACACGCGCCUUCCCCGUCGCGUCGCCGUCGCAUUUUCCUCCACCGCAGACACAACCUCCACCACUUGCACAGUCACCUCAUUCCAUGUUCUCCCUUGACCCGCUUCCUCCGGUCAACGCCGGUAACUGCGGACCUGGUGGUGGGCUUCUGGCUGUGCCCAAGUCCGAGGAUGUGGGUCGGCCCAUGGACUUUCCGGCGUCUCGAAUUGGACUCGACCUGGGCGGCCGAACGUACUUCUCCAGCUCCGAAGACGACUUCGUGAGCCGCCUUUACCGCCGGUCCAGGCCGUCGGAGCCAGGCUCGACUAUGUCGUUGAACAACAACUCACCGAGAUGCCAAGCCGAGGGAUGUAAUGCCGAUCUUUCCCAUGCGAAGCACUACCACCGCCGACACAAGGUCUGCGAGUUUCACUCCAAGGCUGCCACAGUCAUCACCGCCGGGUUGACUCAGCGAUUCUGCCAGCAAUGUAGCAGGUUUCAUCUGCUUUCGGAGUUCGAUAACGGAAAACGAAGCUGCAGGAAAAGAUUGGCAGAUCAUAAUCGCCGCAGAAGAAAAACUCAACAACUACCUCAAGAAACCCAGAAAUCUCACCCCGAAAAGGCUCGCAAUUCUGUAGCAAAAGGGUCGCCACCAGAUUCUGGAAUCCAGUCAUCGUCGUCGGUGACGGUGGCAGCGUCCCCGCCGGAUUAUUUCCAGCAAAAGCCAUAUCAAAACACAACAAGCUCUUCCACAACAUCAAGGACACUGUUUUUCUCGAGUGGAUAAUAAAGUGCAUGGGAUAUAACUAGCUAUGAACUUGCUUGCAUGCAUGUGCCACCUGGUUUGGAAUCAAAAUACUUGUGAAUUUCUACUUGUAACUUUCUUCCGAAACUUGACUCUCAAGUUAUAGUAAAUAACUGGUGUUAUAAGAAGAUUGAGUUAAAGCAUUACCACGUUUAAUUUCUUGUACAUUAAUUUCCUUGGUGUUUCAAAUGAUGACUUGCUGGGCACUAGCUGCGUCUAGCGAUAUAGCAUAUGUCUACUUUGUUCUUUUCA